AUGGCUGAAGAGGACAUGAAAAUCGCGGAGGUUUGCUCGGUGGAGCCGCCGUCGUCCGCCGCCGCGCCCAUGUCUCUACCGCUCACUUUCUUCGACAUAAGAUGGCUGAGAUUCCCACCUCUCGAGUGCCUUUUCUUCUACCAAUAUCCUCACCCUCCAUCCUCCUUCUUCCACCACCUUCUUCCUAAACUCAAACACUCUUUCUCCCUCACCCUUCAACACUAUCUUCCCCUCGCCGGCAACCUCACCUGGCCUCACCGUUCUCCCUACCCCACCGUCGACUACUUCCCCGGCGAUUCUGUCUCCUUUACUGUUGCCCAGUCCCAAUCCAGCUUCAGCCAUCUCUCCAGUUCUAAUCUCCGUGAAGCAUCAAAACUUCAUCUUUUAACACCCCGUUUAGAUGUUUCCCAAGAACACGCUUCUGUUAUGGCCCUUCAAGUUACCCUCUUCCCAAACUCUGGUUUUUCUCUUGGAAUUUCCAUCCACCACGCAGUGAUGGACGGUAAAUCUGCAAUGUCCGUCAUGAAACUAUGGGCUUACUUUUGCUCUAAGUCUGACCUCGAAGAAGAAGCAGCUUCUUUGGUGGUCCCACAACAAUUACUUCCAUUCUAUGACCGAACCAUGAUCCGAGACCCCAUCGGAAUAUCCGAGAGGUUCGUCAACGAGGUAUUAAACGACGGCGGAGUACAAAACAACAGAAGCCUAAUGUUAUGGAACUGGGAUCACAAAGUUCCAUCGGAAGCAGUAAGAGGGACGUUCGGAUUGACGCGAGCACACAUCGAAAUCCUCAAGAAAUACGCACAAUCCAAACUGAAAAACAAUGGACACGUGUCGACAUUCUCGGUGACAUACGCUUACAUGGGUCGCUGUCUGGUGAAGACAGAGCAGACAAAGUCCGAGAAAGUGAACUUCGGAUUCGCAGUGGAUUGCAGGGGUCGUCUGGAGCCUCCAACUCCGAGCACAUACUUCGGGAAUUGCCUAGUGGGACAGAGCGCAAUCACGGAGACGAAGACAUUACUGGAGAAUGAAUUAGGGCUGGUGAAUGCAGUGGAAGAACUAAGUGAAGCUGUGAAGAGAUUGGAAAUAGGGUUAGUAAGAGGAGCAGAUAGCUGGGGUUCGAGGAAGACGAUGGGAGCAAGGGGGAACAAUACAAAAGUACUAAGCAUUUCUGGUUCAACGAGAUUUGAGGUUUAUAGUGUCGAUUUUGGUUGGGGAAGACCAGUGAAGGUGGAUAUCGUUUCUAUAGAUAAGACGAGAGCUUUUUCAAUUUCUGAGAGCAGAAAUGGUGAUGGAGGAGUGGAGAUCGGACUGGUUUUGAACAGAUACGACAUGGAAGCUUUCGGUAAUGUUUUUGGUAAAGAUCUUGAAGCCCUUACAAGCUCCGAAAGUCAGUGGUGA